UCGAGCCCUAAGUUUUCGCCUGACGACACCCAAAUCUUCGCCACGGCGACGGCCUCGACGACGUUGCCUCUCUCCGUCAAAAGCCUUCUUUUUUUCCCCUCCCCACUUGUCGUUGUAUCCCUCUACUUCUCUUGCUUCCUCCUCCUUCUCCAUUGAUCCGAAGGGAGAUUACUUCUCCCAACCCACCGGGCUUCCACCGCUGCCAGAUCUUGAGGUCUACGUGAAGGAACAGAAUCCGUGGAGGGAUCGGCACGCGGUGUGGCAGGGCUCCUCGGCCAUUUUCUCUCCUGGUUACGUCUUCUUGAUUGUAAGUGGUUAACAUGGAGGACAACCAGAUAGCUUCUUUGAUGGAUCACAACGGAACUCUCGACCCUGCAUGUGACACUCGAGAAUGCCCUGUGAAGCAGAGAUGUCAGGAACAGAGGGAAGCACUUCCAAGGGAACCUCAUUGUGUCAUUUGUGGUCGUUAUGGUGAGUAUAUAUGUGAUCAGACAGAUGAAGACAUUUGCAGCAUAGAGUGUAAAACAAUCCUCUUGGCAAGACAUGAAAAUACUCAAAAUACAAGAUUGAAUCCUGCUCCUCUAGUGAAAAUUCCUACAAAUGAUGAGUGUUUUUAUGUUAAAGGCAAUAAUAAAACUGACUUAGGAGGUUUAACGUCGAUUCAGAUUGAAUCCUUGAGAAGCAAAAUUGAACUUUGCAUCAAAGGAACUUCCGUUCCUGCUCCGGUGUUAUCCUUUUCUUCUUGUUAUCUUCCGGAAAAGCUUGAGAAAAAUCUUGAAAGUGCUGGCUAUGUGAUACCAACUCCAGUACAGAUGCAAGCCAUACCUGCAGCAUUAGAAAGGAGAAAUUUGCUUGUUUCUGCUGACACUGGAUCUGGAAAAACAGCUUCAUUUCUGGUUCCUGUAAUUUCUUAUUGUUCAAGCAUCCGGUUGCGGCAUGCCUCUGGGCAGAAAAAUCCAUUGGCUGUGGUUCUAUCUCCCACCAGAGAGCUGUGCAUUCAGGUGGAGGAGCAAGCCAAGUUACUUGGGAAAGGUUUGCCUUUUAAAACUGCUCUUGUGGUUGGUGGAGACCCAUUGGCUGGGCAAAUCUAUCGGAUCCAAAAUGGUGUUGAAUUAAUUGUUGCCACCCCUGGAAGGUUGAUAGAUCUUCUAACUAAGCAUGACAUCGAGCUCAGUGAGGUAUCCAUUCUGGUUGUAGAUGAGGUGGACUGCAUGCUGCAGAACGGAUUUCGAGAUCAAGUGAUGCAAAUAUUUCAAGCCCUUUCCCAACCCCAAGCAUUGAUGUUCUCAGCAACUGUUUCUAAAGAGGUUGAGAGAAUGGCUAGCUCAAUGGCUGAUGACUUGAUAUUUAUCUCUGUUGGCAAGCCAAACAGGCCCAGCAACUCAGUAAAACACAUUGUCAUUUGGGUAGAAUCAAAGAAGAAGAAGCAGAAGCUUUUUGAGAUAUUAAUGAGCAAACAACAUUAUAAUCCACCUGUUGUUGUGUUUGUGGGUUCGAGACUAGGAGCUGAUGUUUUGUCGGAGGCAAUUUUUACUGCAACUGGAAUUAAGGCCCUUUCAAUUCAUGGUGAGAAGACGAUGAAGGAUAGAAGAGAAAUCCUUCGGCAGUUUCUGACAGGAGAGAUUUCGAUUAUUGUCUCAACUGGAGUUUUGGGACGAGGAAUCGACCUGUUGAAAGUACAACAGGUAAUUAUUUUUGACAUGCCAAAUUCAAUGGAGGAAUUUAUUCAUCAAGUGGGAAGGGCAUCAAGAAUGGGAGAGGAAGGUACAGCAAUUACCUUUGUGAAUGACGAGGACAAAAAGUUAUUCAGGGAACUUGUUCAAAACCUGAAAUCUGUUGGAGCUGCUAUUCCAAAGGAACUUGCUAAUUCAAAGUAUUUGAGUGCCUAUGGAUUUAGCCAACCAAGGAAGCGGCGGAAAUAUGGUUCUUAAAUAUUCUUUUUCACGAAAGUUUGAGGAGACAACCUCUUACAGAUCCAAGGAAUCUUUGAAAAUUGCUGCAUUGCUGGUAAUGAACAUAAUGGUGCUGAUAACAGCUGCGGAUCCAAAGCGCGUGAUGAAGGAGAACUUUUUGCGUGAUGGAUCUAGCUUUCCAUAAGACCUGCGAUGAUCCUUGCCAUGCUACCUUCGGCUCUAGUUUUUUCCUCCUGCACACUCAGGCAUGAUUUGGUGGAUUUCCAGCGUACAAAGAGUUGAGAGCAUGGGAGGCCAUCUACAUGAUGGUCAGCAUCAUCAUCUGGAAGAAAAGGUUCAGUUAUCUGCAACAACUUCGACGAGGAACCAAAAUUAUACAGGACCCUGCAAAGCUAACGAGGAUAGGAAUAAAACUAGAGCAUUCAUUUUCAUGAAAUUGAAUUUCUUGGAUAAUAUAAAGUGUGCGAUCUCUUAAUACUUAUUUCUUAUUUUGUAUAGACAGAUUGAUCAAAUUAAGCGUACGUGCAAAUUAAAUA